CUUCAGUGUCCCUUUCAUUUGGAAGGAAGUAGAGCAGCAACUGAGCACUGUUAGCGUUAAGACUCCCUCUCCAACAAGCCCCUUACCGAGCCUUUUAGUAAAUUCAGCGCGCCCGCCAUGCCGUCUGCGAAUCUGUCCCCUAGCGAGGCUCCGGUAGAUGGAAACAUCUUCGAAGGCAACGCCGAGGCCAGGUCAAGAAACGUGAAGCCUCUUCUUUACUCUGGCUCCCUAGACGGCUACAAGCAAUCUGACUUGACGCCCGUCAUCGGAAGAGAGUACGAGGGACUUCAGGUGGUUGAUUUGCUGAAGGGAGAUGACCAGGUGAUCCGAGAUCUUGCCGUAACAAUCUCACAACGUGGCGUUGUGUUCCUGCGGAACCAAGAUGUUACGCCGACGCAGAUGAAAGAAUUUAUGCUGAAACUAACAGCCCUGGCUGGCUGCCCCGAAUCCUCUGGCCUACACGUCCAUCCCCUAACCGAGGAGGGGUCGGAGCUUGGCGACCAGAUCUCCGUCAUCUCGUCCGAGAAGCAGAAAAAAGGAGGCGGCCUCACGCACCAGCUAUCGGACGUGACGCGCCUUGCAUCGGCGGGCUGGCACACCGACAUCUCCUUCGAGCCUGUGCCUUCCGACUACGCCAUGCUCAAGAUCCACACUCUGCCGGCCACCGGCGGCGACACCCUGUGGGCCUCGGGCUACGAGAUCUACGACCGCCUCAGCCUGGCGAUGCGCAAGAUGCUCGAGGGCCUUACAGCCACGCACGAUGCGACAUUUUUCCUCGACGAGGCCGAGAGGCUAGGAAACCCGCUGCGUGAGGGCAUCAGGGGCAGCCCGCUCAACCACGGGAGGGAACUGAAAGCCGUACACCCCGUCGUCAGGACGAACCCCGUGACGGGGUGGAAAUCGGUAUAUGUCAAUAGAGGCUUCACCAAGCGCAUCAACGGCAUCACGCGCGACGAGUCAGACCUGCUCCUCCCAUACCUCUUUGGUCUGGUGACGCAGAACCACGACGCCCAGGUCCGCUUCCGCUGGCGCAAGAACGACCUCGCCAUCUGGGACAACCGGAGCACCUGGCACUGCGCCACCUACGACUAUGAGGAGGCCCGCGCCGGCGACAGGGUGGCCUCCUUGGGAGAGGUGCCGUACCUAGACCUAACGAGCCGCAGCAGGAGGGAGGCGCUGGCGGCUGAGUGAGAUGGAAAGGGGUGGGAGCCCGGAAAGGUGAUGGUGGUUUAUGUAAGCACGAGGAGAGAGAGAGGCUCAAAAAUAGCCCGGAAGUCAACCUGACGGGGUUGGGUUGGCAGUGGCUGGGAAAUGCAGGUACUGGUGGGGCUGCGAACUUUUUGGCAAAGCUUUAUGCGGCUCAUGAUUGGUCAGACGAGUAGUCGCGCAACGAAAUCACAAACUCUCGCCCCC